UUUUAUUGAAAAAAUAUAUCUAAAUAUGAUUAGUGAACAAGAUACAUUUUAAAUGCAUUUUAAAUGCAUACACACGCACAUAAAAAAACAUGAUUAAUACAUAAUAAAGCAUAAUGAACCUUUGUUUUUAUACACCUAAAAUAUAUAUAUUAAAAAAAAAAAAAACAGGUAUUUUUUAUUUCCCCAGAAUCGUGUCACUAAUUUCUCACGCAUCUGUUUUAAAUAUGGAGCCCUGGAAGCCACAUGUAUACAUGUGUGCAUGGUCACAUUACUGUUCAGUCGAGCUAAGAGUGGUGAAAUUGAUUUUUGAUAGUGGUUUCUGCCUCAGGAUGGUGCGUAUGCCUGUUAUGGCCACAACGCAUGAGUGUCGGAUGCAGCUGUAAUUUUUGGCUCUUUCUAAAAGACGAAAAUCGGCUCACUGCGUGUGAUGCGUGUUUUUUUUUUUGCACUGUGUGUAAUGCUGUGUAACUUUAUCCUUUACGCUGCAAACCCUCUCGGUUCACACAAGACUGAUACCUUUGCCUCCCCUUUUCCUUUGUAUCAAUUGGUCGGGCCUCGGGCUAUUGUUGCGGUGAGUUCCCUUUAUUUCUGUGCGUGCGCGCGCACACACACACACACACAUACACACACACACACACACACACCGUCGAUCAGUGGAAAUCUCACGAUAGGCCUCCCUGUGAAAUCCACUGGCUCUUUUUUCCUCCUCCUCCUCCUCCUCGUCAACCAGAUUAGCCCCAGCAGCCUGCUUGGAGAGAGAAAGAGAGAGAGAGAGAGGGAGAGAGGGAGAGGAUAGGAAGGACCUAUGACCACCGCGGAGAGGAGCCCACGCUGCUGUCACCACGCCGGCUCUAAUAAAUGGCCACGGCCAUUCCAAGGCCAGAUUACGGCAGAUUAAAGAGGACACGGUGGCACGCGUAAACUUUCCGCGUGUUUCCGCGGAGCGGCUAGCUGCGCUUCGGCCGUCGCGGCGCGGACGAAUCAUGAUGCUGCAUCUUUGAUGGGACCCCGAGUGGAGGCUCUCUGCGAUCCUGCGAGGUUUUGCCCGUGUCCUACCAUGCCACAAUGCUUAUAAUUCAACUCGUGGUGUUGCUCAGCGUGUUGUUGUUCGGCGGCGCGCGGGGCUCGGCGGGCUCGAGGGCGCAGCCGUGUGCCGGGACGCAGCCGUGUGACCCGCGACACCGGCGCGACGCCGGAGGACGCGGUGGCGUUUACGAGCACCUCGGAGGCGCGCCGCGGCGCAGGAAACUCUACUGCGCUACUAAAUAUCACCUACAGAUACAUCCAAACGGGAAAAUAGACGGAUCUCUGGAAGAGGACAAUCCUCUGAGUAUAUUAGAGAUCACAGCAGUGGAUGUUGGAGUGGUAGCCAUCAAGGGCCUGUUCUCUGGAAGAUAUUUAGCCAUGAAUGAGAAAGGUCGCCUAUAUGCCUCGGAAGUCUUUAACAAGGAGUGUGAAUUUCUGGAGCGCAUUCACGAGUUAGGCUACAAUACGUACGCUUCACGGCACCACUCGACGACUCAGCACUCAGGAUCCAGUGGACGGGGCAACAAGCAUCGGGCCUUUGUCAAGAAGCAGUGGUACGUGUCUAUUAAUGGAAAAGGUCGGCCCAGGAGGGGCUUUAAGACGAAGAGCACGGACAAAGCUUCCCUCUUCCUGCCCCGUGUUUUGGGCAACAAGGACCAUGAGAUGGUCUCACGUCUCCUGGAGAGCAGACAAGAUGAGACGAGCCAUCAAAGAUCCCGCAUGGGCCAUGCCGAGCGAAGGAGUCGGAGGCACAAGGAGCCCAAACGCCAUGGCAGAAGGGGUAAUAGACGCAAAUCUGGCCACAAAACAGAGACUUCAGAUGGACAAUUGGAAUAGACAAUUUCAAGGAGGACCUUUCAUGGCAAUAUGCUAUCAUUUUAGAUAUAAAGAUCUUUUCCUUAUAUUAAGAGAAGCAUUUUCUCCUUUAUAUUUUAUUCCUAAAAAAAAAAUCUUGCAUUUGAUAUGUAAGGACAGUCCAAAUGCAUUUAUAUGACCAAAACUGAAUACUGCUGGAUGUUUUCAGACAUUGUGCAUCGGGAAGAUGUGUAUUGUAGAAAGAUGUGUAGUCACUUUCAACAUUUUUUGUUCAUUCUUAAGCAAAUAAUUUUUUUAAAAGACAAAAUUAGGGAAUUUGGAUAAAAGUGCCGAAGAUGUGUUAUAUUGUUGGACUAAAAGACUUUAUAGAUAAGGUGUCCAGAAAAGCACUUUUUAUCACAUUAACAUGUAUAGUAGGUGACAAAGGUACAUGCGAAACAGAGGGAUUUUUACAAAAUGUACAUGUGAUAGUCUACUGUUCUUAAACUGCAAUGAGAAGUACUUUGUAUAUUACUAAUGUUAUGCAUAUUUAUUUUGUCCAUGUGUUAAGUUAUUGAUGACAUAGUUUCUACAGUUCAAUAAUAGCCUAAUCAUUAUCAUUACCAUUAGAAGAAAAUCAUGUUGUUUGUGCUCACAUGAACACAGAUUCUCUGGGGUGAUAUCCAAAAAUACUUUUCAUUUGUCUACAGCUGGGAAGUUAAUAUAUCAUUGGUCACUUGUAAAGUCGUGAAUGAAUUUUCUUAUGUAUCGAACACUGUAAUAUGUGGCAGCGUAUAGUAAAGAUGUGCUGUUCAACACUGAAAGCUAAACUUGUGGAGGAAUGUCACCAAUAAAUUAUAUGGAAAUAUAGAUACAUAUAAAUGUUGCAUUCAAGGUUUUUAAUUUUUAAAAAAAAAAGGAAAAUCUUUAUCACUUGCAAAGAAAAUGCAAAUUGUACAGCCAGAAUGAAAUAGAAACAUUUGAAUUUUGGCAAAUUUUGGUUUCAAAUAGUGCCUUAAGAUUUUAAGGUUUGUUAAUUCAUUCAUCUCAAACUAAAUAUUUAUAGCCUGCUAAUGAAUUUAUUCCUGAACAAUCUAGGCAAUAGAUUUUAGCUUUAUAACAAUCAAACGUACGUAUAAUUGAUUCUCAACAAUACUGAUCCUAAUGCAUAAUGCAUUUUUUUUCGAGGACGCAGUUAAUUCCUGCUCAGUCCACCUGUAAAAGUGAUCACACAGGUACAGCGGUCUCUAAACAGGC